AUGUCCCUCCAGGAAAGGGAGACAGUCCUGAUCACAGGCAGCCCGUGGAGCCUCACCAGACUCCACCUGGCUGAAGGGGCCGGGCAGCAGGAGCCCUCCCUGCUGUCUCUCCCUCACCCCUUCUCCUGCCUGCUGCAGGCUACUGGGCCCACAGCCUCCACACCCUCGGGGGAUGGCCACCAGACUACCACUGACCACCGCCAGCACAGGGCCUCCAUCCGGAGCUCUGGAGGGGGCUCGGUGUAUGGCUCCUGUGGCCACCCCCACCUGGGAUCCACAGCCAGGCAGCUGGCCCUCAAAUGCUCCUGCCCCUGGGUCCUCACCAGCACCCCACUCACUGGCUGUAGCCUGUGUGGUGGGCAGGACGCCCUGGGCCAGGAGGGAGGCACUUGUCCAGAAGUGAAGAUCGUGGGUCUGGGGGCCCCGGACAAGAUGACCGUCGUCCAGGUUUGCCCUGGCUCUCCUGGCCUGCCGGGGCCCAAAGGGGAACCAGGCGCCCCUGGUGGGAGAGGAGAGCGAGGAGCUCUUGGGACCCCCGGAGACAGAGGGAAGAAGGAGCUGUGGGCCGCGCUGUGCCAGCAAGGCGGGCCGAGCCUCCCCGAGUUGGGACUGCACCCCCAGCCCCUUCCCUGCCCUGCAUGGGCCCGGAGCUGCAAGGACGUGCUGGCCCAGGGGGGCUCCCUGACCGGCUGGUACACCAUCUACCUCCCCAACUGCCAGCCGCUGACCGUGCUCUGCGACCUGGACGUGGAUGGCGGGGGCUGGACUGUGUUCCAGCGACGCAUAGACGGCUCCGUGGAUUUCUUCCGGGACUGGGAGUCCUACAAAAGAGGCUUUGGCCACCUGGGCACGGAGUUCUGGCUGGGCAAUGAUCACCUGCACUGGCUCACAGCUGGAGGGAACCAGGAGCUCCAGGUCAACCUGAAGGAUUUCGAAGGUGGAACUUCUUAUGCCAAAUACAGCUCCUUCCAGCUGUCUGGAGAAGAGGAGAAGUACAAGCUGGUCCUGGGGCCGUUUCGGGGGACUGCAGGGGACUCCUUGGGGAGCCAUAGGAACAAGCCGUUCACAACCUACGACCAGGACAAUGACAGUAACAGCCAGUUCAGUUGUGCAUCCCUGUUCAAGGGGGCCUGGUAGUACUAUGACUGCCACCUCUCCAACCUCAAUGGCCAGUACCUGCCCGGCACCCACAAGAGUUGUGCGGACAGCAUUAACUGGCAGUCUGGCCAGGGCCACAAUUACUCCUACAAGGUCUCGGAGAUGAAGAUCCGGCCAGCCUAG